AUGUUCAAAGGUUGUUUCCAACAGGUGUUGGAUGUUGAGUUUUACAAUGUGAAAGCUUUAUACAGAAGGGCACAAGCUUACAUGGAAACUUAUGAUUAUGAAUUGACUGAAUUGGACAUCAAGAAGGCCUUGGAAGCCGAUCCACAAAGCAAGGAAGUAAAGUCUAUUCACAAGACUUUAAAGCAACUUGAAGCUCAGAGUAACAAAAGAGAUACUAAACUUUAUACAAAUAUGUUUGCCCAAAUGGCUAACGAUUGUUCUAUACAAACUAAG